AAUACAAAUGCCAAAAAUAAAGCGUUUGAAAAUUCUCACAGUACCGCGUACAUUUCUUGUUAUUGUUUAUAAACUUAAAAAAAGUAAAUAAAACUGAUUUUUGUUCGAUAAAAUCAAACAAUGACUACGAAAAAAUGUUCUUACAAGGGUUGCGGGAGUUUCACCAAUAGUGCACAUCCAACUUCAGAAACAUUUUAUGCAUUUCCAAAACACGCCGACCGACUUAAACUUUGGAUGAAACUUGGCGGAAAUCUAAACGAAAAGGAAAUACCACAAACCUCAAGAUAUUUCUGUUCAAAACAUUUUGAUGAGAGUAAGUAUGUUGCGAGUAAUCCAAGGCGCAAGCAGCUCCUAAGCACAGCUGUUCCUUAUGCCUGCAUGGAAUCUCCGGAGCAUGAUGAUAUGACUAUUGUUGAUGAGUAUCAAUGUGUUGUGUCGAGCGUGCAUCCUAUUGAAGAGGAUUACGAUGCCAACGAAUCAAUGAAGAUUCACGACGAAGAUCUUAGUGAGGAAGUGGCAAAUGAAAUGAACUGUAUUUCUGAGUCUGUGGAAACACUAGAAACCUAUGAAGAAGACUACCAAAACGAAGUCCAUUGUCCUGUUGAUUUCGAAGAGAGCAUUGAAGUUGAAAGGAAACCAUUAAAACGAAAACUUGAUCAACUAAUAAUUAAACACCCGGCGGCGGCGUCAUUACAGAUAGGUCCAUCAAAACGAAGUCUCACUAUUGUUUCAAGUCGACCGACCUCUACGAUCAAUGUACAUCAGCAUCAGCAAGUAGCAGAAAAGGAGACAUAUAACGAAUGCAAUCUUAACAAUAUCCUACCAGAGUCGAAUAACAUAACAACAUUCAUAUUCAAGGGCGAAGAGUACGUUCAGAUGCCAAAAGAACAAUAUAAUCGUGAGAGGAUGACCUUUAUAAAUAAGAUAAGAAGCUAUGAAGAGACUAUAAGGAACGUCAAAAAUAUAAUGGAUAGUGUUAAGAUUUAAAAUUAAAACUGUAUUAAUUGUAUUUUAAAAUUCUUUUCAAAUAUAUUCAGAUAUUUCCAAAAUAACUUUA